AUGCUCAAUAGAGCAGCUGGCACUUUUGUUAGAAGAAAAAUGACAUCGAAGCUUACUCUUACCAAGGUCGAGCAAAAUGUGUGCUCGCUAUUAAAAGACUACAGUCGCGAGUAUAAUCAGCAGAACAAACUUGCGGAGCCAUUGGUUCUUCGAAUCACCGGAGGCUGGGUUCGUGACAAAUUAUUGGGUUUGAGCUCCCAUGAUUUAGACAUAGCCGUGAACACUAUGUCAGGCGAGCAAUUUGCACUAGGACUCAGCGAUUUCUUGACUAGAAACCAUAAAACUUAUGGAAUAACUCCACAUUCAAUUCAUAAGAUUGACAAAAAUCCCGAAAAAUCAAAACACUUAGAAACGGCCACCACAAAACUCUUUGAUAUCGAAGUGGAUUUUGUGAAUUUGAGAUCUGAAGAGUAUUCUAACGAGUCCCGCAUCCCAAUCGUUGAAUUCGGGACUCCAGAACAAGAUGCUCUUCGACGCGAUGCUACUUUGAAUGCUUUGUUCUAUAAUAUCCAGCGCGAUGAGAUCGAAGAUUUCACCAAAACGGGAUUACAAGACUUGGAAAAAGGUGUUUUGCGCACACCUUUACCACCUCUUCAAACUUUCCUAGACGACCCCUUAAGAGUGCUGCGUCUCAUAAGAUUCGCUUCUCGAUUUGGUUUUUCAAUCGAUUCUGAAACUUAUCAGGCUAUGCAAGUUCCGGAAAUCAACAAAGCGCUGGAAGCGAAGAUAUCUCGCGAAAGAGUUGGAAUUGAGGUCCAAAAAAUAUUGCAAGGACAAGAUCCAUUACGCGGGCUAAAACUUAUACAAGAAGCAGGCCUGGACAAUGUUAUAUUUUACUGGCAUAGUGAUCCUGUUGUGAUUGAAUACAACGCUCAAAUGACGGAAAUGAGUGAGCACAACCAGGCUUACGCUAAUUUGAACCAGCAUAUUGCCAAAGUGCUCGAAAAGCUGCCGGGUCUUAUCGAAACUUUACCCACCUUAGCACAGCGGUGGAAAGAAAGUGCGACAUUCAAGCAGGACUUCAUUCUGAGCGUUUUGCUGGCUCCAUUCAGGGGGAUCAAAAUUGUUUGGAAUCCUCAGAAGGCAUUGAAACGUGAAAUUUCUCUAUCUGAGAGUAUUGUGAAAGAUGGACUGAAGCUUGGUAAAAACGAUUCCGAUCUUAUCGGAAGAUGUGUCGAGACGCAUCUUGCAUAUCACAAUAUGGUUUUAGAGUAUCAAAGUAUGGCGAGAAGUGAAAUCGGCAUGUUGCUUCGCGACUACAAAGGUCAAUGGGAACUGGCUCACCUGGCGAACUUGACCCUUGCAUUUUGUAAUGAAGAGACGCAUUUGGACCGAUAUCAACAGUUUUCCAAAUUCAUUUUCGAACACAACUUGGAGGACUCACAUUUACUGAGACCGUUGAUAGAUGGUAAGACUUUAUCGAAGCAGCUGGGAAUCAAGCCUGGUCCUUGGAUGAGUCAUGUUGUUACAGAUAUGAUCAAAUGGCAGUACGACAACCCCACUGGGGACAAGGAUGAAUGUCUGGAAUAUGUGAGACUUAUUUUACCAAACUACGUUUAG